AUGCUACGGCGGCGGAAGAUCUUAGUCUUCAUAGGAUUGUUCUCACUCGGCUUCUGCGCUUACUCUCUCCUGUGCCUGGCGACCGAACGCGAAUACUAUCUCCCCAUCCGCAACACAGCAUCCUUGCGGCAACCUUCGAGGGAGGGACCACCACCUCCUCCACAACCACCACCGCCGCCACCCCCCGGGGCGCCAGCGCAAGAUGGACUGACGGCGGAGAAUGCUGCGCAACAUCAGGAUAUUGCAUUACAGCAGCAGCCAGAGGUGCCACUGAAAGCAGACUCUCCAGCUCCUGGACCCGGCGGGCCUGGUCCUGAACACAAACCUGGCCCUGAACCUCGACCACACCAUCCUCCACCUCCCACACACCCUGAGCCUCCCACUGGCUCUGAGCAGCCGAAAAGCGAUCGCCCUGAAGAUCAGAUUCGCCCAGCCGGCAACGACGACCGUACGAAAGAGCACGAGAACGGCGACAGUGAUAACAGCCCUGAUGAGGAGGAGCUCCUAAGGCCACCUAAAUGGGAGGUUAGCGAGCGGCCAAAAACCAAGGCUGGCCCAGGACCCCUCAAAGUAGAAGACACGAGCUUACACCCCAUUUCCCACCUCAUCACCGAAGCAAGGCGCCAGUUCAGAGACAUCAGAGGUCGACAGUCCAAAACGCUGGAAGAAGCUGUUGCAGAGUAUCGCAGGCGAUAUGAGAUGCCACCGCCCCCUAAUUUCGACAAGUGGUUCCAAUUCGCCACCGAUAACGAUGUGCAGCUUGUGGACGAGUUCGACACUAUCCACCAGCUAAUUACACCCUUUUGGGGAUUGAAGCCAGAGACGAUUCGGAAAAGAGCCAAGGAGGCUCUUGGGUUCGAUAAUGCUCUUUUGGGAAUUUCAAUCCGCAACCACGAAAUCACUCUUGUCGAAGGCGGCCAAGAGUGGCAACAAAACGCUACCCAGUCUAUGAUUGAGAAGUUUAUUGAAUAUAUACCUGACAUGGAUUUGGCGUUUAACAUCCACGAUGAACCCCGUGUUGUUCUUUCACACGAAGACCUCGCCCAUCUUGUCAACAAGGCCAAGAGUGUCAACAUGCCGGCCGCCAAUGCAAAGAAGAGGCCCAUCAACGACUUUAGCCCACGGGCGCCGGAGUUGACCGAUGGGUAUAUGUUUGACGAGGUCAAGCGCACUCGAUUCAACGUUUUCGCUCAUCAAUCUACCUGGACCAACUCGCGCAUGUCUUGCCCGGCCGACAGCCCAGCCAAGACUCCCGAUGACGACGAGCAAGGAGACGACCGCAGCAGAUAUGGCUACAGCGAGCUUGGGUUCGUAUACAACUCCACGGCCAUGGCUGAUAUCUGCCUGACUCCGUCACUGAGCUCGUCGUAUGGCUUCUUUGACAGGCCCAACGCUUUCAACGUCGUCCAUGAUUUAUUCCCCAUAUUUUCACAAUCCAAGAUCUCCUCAUUCUCCGAUUUAAUGUACCCUUCGCCUUGGUAUUGGUUCGAUAAAGUCGUAUAUGACGAGGCCAAGGACUUUCCAUGGGAGCAAAAGGACAACAAACUUUACUGGCGCGGCUCGACUACUGGUGGGUUCAGUCGCAAUGGCGGUUGGAGGCGACAGCACCGGCAGCAGUUUGUUCACAAGAUCAACGCUCCUGAUCAAGCUAAGAUCUUGGUGAACAAGGGUGACGAGGAGCAGCCGAACUGGCGAGUUUCUGAAGUCCCACGAGGCAAGCACCGUGACCUCAUUGAUGUUCAUUUCUCUCACAUUGGCCAAUGCGAUCCUGGUGACUGCGAGGCCCAAAUACAGUAUUUUACCCCAACCGAUCACGUUGAUCAACAAGAUGCUUGGAAGUACAAGCACUUGCUUGAUAUUGAUGGAAACGCCUUUUCUGGUCGUUUCUAUGCUUUUCUCCAGAGCCAUAGUGUGACAUACAAGCUAGCCCUUUUCCGCGAGUGGCAUUAUGAGUGGCUCAAGCCUUGGGUUCAUUAUGUCCCCCUGAGUCUGCACGGGGACGACUGGCUCGAGGUUGUCCGCUAUUUUGCAGGCAGUAGUGCCGGGGACGAGGAUGCAGAACACCUCGCAAAAUCCAGCACUACUUGGGCAAACCGAGUGCUACGAAAGAAGGAUAUGGAAGCCUGGUUCUUCCGAUUACUUCUUGAGUACGCACGGGUAAUAGAUGAUAACAGGGAAAUCAUUGGAUAUGAUCCUUCCAGUUCGACUUCAAAACUGAAGAAGACGAACUAG